AUGUCUGAAAAAGGAAGCAAUCCAUACGAUAUAAAUGGUCAAAAUUUUGAUGCGAAUGCAUAUUUACAAAAAUUACUAAAAGAAUGUAAUCUUCGACAAAUUAUGGAUCAUGAAGCUGAAAUUGUCAAAGAUACACAAAAUCUUCAUUCAGAUAUGCAAACUUUAGUUUAUGAAAACUAUAAUAAGUUUAUUUCAGCAACAGAUACCGUUCGAAAAAUGAAAACAGAUUUUAAGAAAAUGGAAGAUGAAAUGGAUCUUUUGGCUUCAAAUAUGGAUUCAAUAACAUCAUUUUCCGAACAAAUUUCGUCAACAUUACAAGAUACACGCCAAAGAAUUUCAAAACUGUCCGGAAUCCAUUCAUUAUUAAAACGUCUACAGUUCCUCUUCAAAUUACCAACAAAACUAAAAUUAUUAAUGAAAGAGCGAAAUUAUUCGCAAGCGGUUCAAGAUUACAUGCAAGCUCAACGUGUUCUACAACAAUAUGGUAACAUGAGUUCCUUCCAAGGCAUCCAAGAAGAUUGUAACAUAAUUCUAAUUGAGCUUAAACAAAAAUUACGUGAUCAAUUUAAAAGUAAUCAUGCAACAGCUAAAGAUUUAGCUGAAUCGGUUGAUUUACUAUUGCAGUUGGGUGAACCGGCUGAUAAAUUAUGUGAAGAGUUUUUAUCGUGUGCUGAGCAUCGUCUUGGUGAACAAUUAGUUCUGUUACAGGAUUUAAGUGAACAGAAGGAUAUUAUUGAGUUUGUGGAUUUAGGUAGUUCUGGAUUUUUAAGUGAUUUAUGUUUGGUGGUUGCGUCGUAUAAUGAUAUGUUUAUUAAUAAAAUCAAUAUGGAUGAAUCGGUUUGUAGUGGUGAUUUCGAAACAACAGCAACAGCUCGAUUAAAUGAUUUUGUCGUUGAAAAUAUGAAACGAUAUUUCACAAUUGUUCAAAAUCGUGUCGAUUUAGAACAAGAUGUUGGCGAUACUGGGGUUCUAGUACGAGCCUUAGAUCGAUUUUAUCGUCGAUUACAAGCUAUGAAUACUUUAUGCCGUGAUACUGAUUUCGCAGCGUCUGGUACAGAUAUUGUGAUAAACGCUGGUCGUAAACAAAGUAAAGCUCAUUUACAAUCACUUAAAAUGCACUUUAGUGAUUCGUUAACACGUGUUCGACAAGCGCUAGCUGCUCCAAAAUUGAUAAGUCAAGAGGGUGAUUCAUCGAAUAAUUUAUCUGAAUUAUUAACAUCACUUGUGUUGACAAAUGUUGAGAAAAUUAAAGGAAUUUUACAGGAUUUAUUGGUAUUUAUUCAACCAGAUAUUUCAUUUAGCUUGAAAACACAAUUUCGUGAAGUAUUUUGUAUCGAAAGUAUUCGAGAAAAUUUGGUGGUUGGUUUUCUAAAUCAUAUUACAGCAACAGCACGUGGUUUUUGCGAUGGGCAAAAAGGUUCUGAUCCAAAAUGUCCGCCAACUUUGUUGCUACUUUUAUCGAAAAUGUGUUUGGAAUUUCAAAAUACCAGUGUUCAUUAUUUGUUAACACAAACAGAUGAAUGGUUUGAAAUAAGUACCCAUAAUGCACUGUCAACAACGCUGACAGCCGAGUCAGAAAUCCAUAAAAACAUGCAAGAUUCAGCUCAACAGCUAUUAAAUUAUUAUGUACGAAUGCAAGGUUUAAAUAUCUCACAAAUGUUACGUAAGAGUGUUGAGACACGUGACUGGUUGCAUACAAUUGAACCACGUACAGUACGUGCUGUAAUGAAACGUGUUGUAGAAGAUAUUGCUGCUGUUGAUACAACGGUUGGUGUUUUAUUUGAAGAGGGUUCCAGAACGAAUCAUAGUAGUGAUUCUAGUCGUAAAACUCACAGUGUUAGUAUAUCACGGCAUCAGUUCCGAUCAAAUUGGUCAUCGUAUACACCCAAUCAUCUGGAAUCAAAUAUUGUAACAAAUCUUCAUAAAUUAUUCUCCGAACGAAUUGAAAUAUUUUCAACCGUUGAAUUUUCUAAAAAUUCUAUUUUAACAGGAAUUAUUAAAAUUAGCUUAAAGACAUUUUUGGAAUGUGUACGAUUAAAAACUUUCAGCAAAUAUGGUUUACAACAGAUUCAAGUUGACGCACAUUAUUUACAACUUUAUUUAUGGCGAUUCGUUGCUGAUGAAAAUUUAGUACAUUUCUUAUUGGAUGAAAUUCUUGGCUCGGCUGUGCAUCGAUGUUUGGAACCAGUGUUGAUGGAACCAAGUGUGGUUGAAAUUAUUUGUGAACGUGGUUAAAUA